UCUUCCUUCCCGUCCUUUGGGGCGGUUGGCUGCCCUCCCGUCCGUCAGAGCAGGGCUCCCACAAUUGGCGCGCCGCUGCCUUCGGGGUGUCUCUCCCUUGCUGGGUGACUCCGUGACCACUUGUUGUCGACCGCGGGAGCAACUCGCACUUUCAGGUGGACGAUGCCGAGCGGUAACGCCGCAGUGCGCGGUGACGGCAACGAGGAGGAGCAGGUGGCCGGCGCCAAAGUCAUCGCCCAGGCCCUGAAAGCUCAACAUGUGGAGUACAUGUUUGGCAUCGUAGGCAUCCCGGUGAUCGAAAUCGCCGCGGCAGCCCAGGAAGUAGGCAUUAGAUACGUCGGGAUGAGAAAUGAGCAAGCGGCUUGUUAUGCUGCCUCUGCAGUUGGAUACCUGACAGGCAGGCCGGGAGCUUGCCUUGUUGUUUCUGGCCCAGGUCUCAUUCAUGCCUUGGGUGGUAUGGCAAAUGCAAACAUGAACUGCUGGCCCUUGAUUGUGAUCGGCGGUUCCUCUGAAAGAAGUCAGGAGACCAUGGGAGCCUUCCAGGAGUUUCCUCAGGUUGAAGCUUGUAGGUUAUAUAGCAAGUUCUCUGCCCGGCCAAGCAGUGUAGAAGCUAUUCCCUCUGUGAUUGAAAAGGCAGUGAGAAGCAGUAUUUACGGUCGUCCAGGUGCUUGCUAUAUUGACAUACCUGCAGAUUUUGUGAACCUCAAGGUGAAUGUGAAUUCUGUCAAGUACAUGGAGUGUUGCAUGCCCCCUCCUGUGAGCAUGGCAGAUACCUCUGCCGUUUAUGCAGCAGCAUCUGUUAUCAGGAGUGCCAAGCGACCCCUUCUUAUCAUCGGGAAAGGUGCUGCCUAUGCCCAUGCAGAGGACAGUAUCAGGAAACUGGUGGAGCAGUGUAAGUUGCCGUUUUUGCCCACCCCCAUGGGGAAGGGUGUUGUCCCUGACAACCAUCCAAACUGCGUGGGUGCUGCCAGAUCCAGGGCUUUGCAAUUUGCUGAUGUAAUUGUGUUACUUGGCGCCCGAUUAAAUUGGAUUUUACAUUUUGGACUUCCUCCAAGAUAUCAGCCAGAUGUGAAGUUUAUCCAGAUUGAUAUCUGUGCAGAAGAAUUGGGGAACAACGUGAAGCCUGCUGUGACUUUACUGGGAGACAUAAAUGCUGUCACUAAGCAGCUUUUGGAACAGUUUGAUAAGACACCAUGGCAAUAUCCUCAAGACAGCAAGUGGUGGGAAACUCUGAGGAAAAAAAUGAAGAGUAAUGCAGCAGCAUCUAAGGAAUUAGCUUCCCAAAAAUCCUUGCCUAUGAAUUAUUACACAGUAUUCUUCCAUGUUCAAGAACAACUGCCCAGAGACUGUUUUGUGGUGAGCGAAGGAGCAAAUACAAUGGAUAUCGGACGCACUGUGCUUCAGAACUACCUUCCUCGUCACAGGCUGGAUGCUGGUACUUUUGGAACGAUGGGAGUCGGUUUGGGAUUUGCCAUUGCGGCUGCUAUGGUAGCUAAAGAUAGAAACCCAGGGCAGUGGGUCAUCUGUGUGGAAGGAGACAGCGCAUUUGGGUUUUCUGGCAUGGAAGUGGAAACCAUCUGCAGCGUGUUCCCGACCUCUGUCCUGCAGCCCUGUACCUGCCAAACUGGAGGGAGUGGCUUUGAGGUCACCAAGGAAAGCUUUGUUUUCUGCAAGGAGACAGAGAACCAGAUGGUUAAGAGGCUGGCCUGGUUCAAUUACAGCAGAACCAAGUGACGGGCUCAGUCACUUCAUCUACCCUCUGUCUCUGCCAAAACAGGGGUAGGAAUAAUAGUAAUCAUUACCUGAGAGGGCAGUUGUGAAGACACGAGAACAUCUGAGUAACAUCGAGGUGACAGCUCAGUGAAGGUGAGCGCUUCAGACUGUUUGACGUGGAGAGGAUGCACACGGAAGCUCAUGAGUUGUACCUCUGUGGAUGAAUGGGGAGUUUUAUUUAAAUGUAAUAAAACUGUUCUUGCUCUAGCCAGGAGUCUUAUUAGUGCUUUUGUAAAUAAAUCAUGUUUGCUACUGUCAAAACUUUGUAUAUCAAACUGUCAGGAUUAGUGUGUGGCUCUGAGUGUGUUGACAACCAAGUGAUACUCACU